GAAUUUGGAUAUAUUCGCCCUCUAGAAGCCUACGAGUGGUCGGGUGAUGCGCUUCCGUACGCUUCCGGAGUGUCCAAAGAGCCGGAGCCGAAAAAAAAUCGAAGAAACUCGAGAUAAACGGAAGUACGCUCGGCGAAGGUGUGCCUUUUGAUCGAUCGAGGAGGGAGGGAGGGAGGGAGGGAGGGGCGGGAGGGAGGGAGAGAGAGAGAGAGAGAGAAAAGGAUACUUCGACGAAUGUCUGCGAACGUCAAAAUUCUUCCCGGUCCCUCGUUCGCAAUUGUCACAUCGAUGAUCGAUUAUGUCGAUUAGACGAAAAACCGCAAGACGGAUUUCUUCGUUCUCUCCCGACUUGUUCUUUCGAGAACGUUUUCAUUUCCUAGAGGAUAAGGCUAGAUAAGAUCGGAGACAGCUGAAUUUGAAUCAGGAUAUCGCGCUAUCGUCGAUUAGCGUCGAGGCCGCUUAAUGGAGCUCCAAAUAAUAAUGGAUGGCGGUACGGAAACCCUGAACGAAGCUAUGUGGUUCGCGGACACUCCGUCGCCGCCGUACGAACAACUGUCGCCUAAUCGUCCGAACAGAUGCGACGGAAUAGCAGCGCAGCAAGUAGCCGCCGAUUAUAACGAUUCUCGGGAUACUUUGUGGCAAGACAAGCAGAACGUGCUGAAAAGCUGUCCGGAAGAGGGUACUGCUCGAAUACGUUCGAGCAACGAGUCGCCGUGUCACGUGUCCUCGUCUCCCGAGCAACAAACGAGCAGUCCAUCUCAGCCAAACAAUUUGAAACGUCGAAGCGCUGCCGGCGAACCGACGAUACAGCCCGUUUCGGAACUCGAUAGGAAGCACGCUAGAAGAGACGGAUCCAUCGGAAGCAAUGGUUCCGGUCAAGGUUGGUCCACACAGGUGGAAGAACUCGCGGAACAUCUGGCCGACUUUGACGGAUCUUUGUCCGCGCUGGCGGCUUCCGAUCUUGCCACGGCCGUCGCCUCCUACAAUAUGAGCGAAGCUUUACUCGCCUUUCCAUCGGUCUUCAAGCAGGAAGCACCGUCACCGGAAAAUCAACACAACAAUUCGAAUGAGUCGAUCGAGGCAACUGUUGCAUUCGACGAGUAUUGUAGCGAUGCGUGUUGCAGCUUGAAUCACGUGACCCAGAGAGCAAUAAACGGGCCAGCUCCGAACAAUGCGAGCGUCGGUACGAUCGAAGCGGAUAACAACAACAAUGGACAGACCACGGCGGCGAGUCUUCAUCAGCUGCUCUACUCGGGUAACGAGGAAUAUCCGGCGACGUCGACCUCAGGAAAUCACGUUUCUUCCUCCCAACAAGGAAACGAGUUCAACGAGGAUUGUCGGUUCCAGUACGUUCUUGCGGCGGCUACCAGCAUCGCGACGAAGGUCAACGAGGAAACGCUUACGUACUUGAACCAAGGUCAGUCGUACGAAGUCAAACUGAAGAAACUCGGGGAUCUGUCGGCCUACCGCGGAAGGAUUUUGAAGGGACAUACGACGUUUCUGUUUCAGUCGACGAUUCGUAUCUGUUUUCACGAGAGGCGCCUCCAAUACACCGAGCGAGAACAAAUGCUCGCCUGGCAACGCGCUAGACCCGGCGAGAGACUGCUCGAAGUGGACGUGCCCCUUAGUUACGGCAUGGUGGACGUUUGUCAGCCUUCUCCGUCCAGCAACAGCGUAGAAUUCAUGUGGGAUCCCACCAAGGAGGUUGGCGUUUACAUAAAGGUUAAUUGUAUCAGCACGGAGUUUACACCAAAGAAACACGGUGGCGAGAAAGGUGUACCUUUUCGAAUUCAAGUCGAAACCCGGUUACCCGGCGGACCCCGGCUGCACGCCGCUUCUUGUCAGGUCAAAGUGUUCAAAUUGAAAGGGGCCGAUCGCAAGCACAAGCAAGACCGGGAUAAGAUUCAACGGCGACCGCCGCACGAACAGGACAAGUAUCAACCCGGUUACGAUUGCACUAUUUUAUCCGACAUUCCAUUAGAAGCACUGUCGUCGUCGUCGAAUUUGAUAGCGCAAAACGGAGCGAGUCCUUACGCGUCGACCGAGGCAAUAUCACCGCAAACCCGAGCGAGCGUGGGUGGCAACGCUUCGCCCAUCAGAGCACCCUCGGCCCUAUCGGUCUCCGCAACCGGAGUCGUACCCUUGGUAUCGGCGCCGGAUGCUGCCAAAGAAAACGUAGGAACGGCACCGGCACUUCCAUCGCCCGCCGCCAUCUUGCCGGAUCAAUCUUGCAUCGUUGAAACCGACAACGUUGGCUUCUCUAGGAAAAACGCUAAUUCCCCGAAGCAAUUGGAAUCUAUGAAAAUAGGGACGCCUUACUUCACCGAAUUGGCACCCGACGCUAACACGGCGCAAACGAGCGCGUGGCUUCGAGCGGCCCGAUUCAACGCUUUCGAGUCGACCUUCGCAAGUUUCUCAGCUUCCGAUAUUUUACGGCUCUCCAGAGACGAUCUGAUACAGAUCUGCGGUCUUGCCGAUGGAAUACGACUGUUCAAUGCUCUGCACUCGAAGGCACCGAUGCCGAAACUCACGCUCUACUUCUCCUUGGAGAGCAACGGCUCGCUUUGGAGAGUCGCUUAUCUCGAUAAUUUGACGAGCAACGCGCUAACGAAAAAGUUAACGAGUGCCUUGAGCCUGUCUCAGGAUCGCUUGCACUCCGUGCUUUUCCUCGGUCCUCAAGGGAUUCACGUUUUGGUUACCGACGAAUUGGUUGCCAAUAUGAAGGACGAAAGCAUGUACUUUGUGGAAACUAUCAAAGAUGCGUCCAGCGAACGGUACAAGUUACUCUUGAAAUCAUCGUCACGCUGAACACCGACGAUACUACUCGUUAGUAUGGGCAUCGAUUUUGAGAAUCUUUAUGAGAAGAUAAUCGAACGGAGAGCACGUUGACGCGCUAUGAUGCUUCGACACUUUAUUCCUCGUGCAACAUGAUUUAUAGAUAUAUAAGCGUGUAUGUCGUUAUGCGAGAAAAUGAGGCAACGAUUCGAGCAAGUUAAUCGAUUUACAUUCUAACGAAAGAUAAUGCACGGAAAGGAGUCUUAAUGUCUGUUAUCUUAAUAAUUUAUGUAGUGCCAAUUUGCUGCAUACCUUCGUAUUUAUGACGUAGACGAUAUCGAUCAUCUUCGGAGUACGAUAGAAACGAAUACGCAUCGAUUGCUAAUAUUUCGCGUUAAAAUCACUCGGCUUUAUAUUUUCGACAAUAAUCGCGACAAUACGGGGAAAAAUGUUUCGAGCGAAUUUGUUUUUUGCCAUAUUAAUUUAUAAAUCGAUCGAAGUAACGUCGAUCUUGAGAUAUCUAUAUAUACGCGAGUUAAAAAAUGGUCUCAUAAUGGAUAGUCUCGUUAAAUUUAUCGUUACGUUAUUUUAUUUCGUCUCUAGAGAAAAUCUUACGAGAAAAGCGAAACUUAAUAUUAUUAAAAGUAUAUUUUUAUUGCGUUACGAUAUUAAAUGUAACCGUUGUUUCUCUUCUUUUUGUUAAUCAUCGGUAAGCGAUAUAGGUGGAUAGGUAGAUACUGACCUUUUAAAAACAUCACAUUCUGGAUACCAAAUGAAUAACAUUUACAUAAUAAAAAAAGAAAACAAUACGUUUCAUAGCUAUUAACGUUGUCAUAGUUAUUUUAUUAUCGUGUUUGUUUGAUUAAUAUACCAGGAAAACGAAUAGAGCGAAAUUGGAAAUUCUUGAAUUUCCUUCGCGAACAAUGGAAAAUAUUUAUUAAAGCGGCACGAUCGAAUCGUUAGGUGGAUAAUUUAAUGUGCCUUAACGUUCCGCCGAGCAUAAUUCUAAAUGCUUCCAAGGGGUGAUAUUAAGCGUGUAUUAAUUUGAAAUUUAGGCAUUUUACGUAUUAUUCGUAUAUUCGAAUGUAAAUCGUACAAAUUUUAUCGGUCUUAGCUACGCCUGGUUUCACGGAAAAACUUACCAAGUAUUAUACCUUGCUGUUAUUUGUUAUGUCGUAAGAGUUUAUAGAAACUGUAAUUGUUAAUAGGAUAAAACGAAUUAUAAACUUA